AUGGUGCAAGAAACUACCAACCAUGAUAAACCACUCGUGGAAGAGCAAACCACGAGAAAGAAGAGAAAAGAAAAGAAGAGGAAAUUGGAAGAUUCGAGCGGACAAGAUGAAAAGGACCUUCGUCGUGCCUCGCGAAGGGCAAAACGACAGGAGAAACAGGAUCUGCUUUCUAAAGUACCCAAGGUCGAUGGAGAUGGUAUCCAAUACACGAAGAUCCAGAUCAAGCGAAUGUUGAAACGGGUAAAGCGAGGACUGCACCCAGUUCCCACAGAACAUGAGGAGCUUGAGCGCCUCCAAAAUGAGGCCAAAAUGCGUAAAGAUGAUGAAGCCGAGUUUGCGGGUUUGACAUAUCAGAAGGAGGACGAAAAAGGAGUUACACAAGGCGACGAUGAGGAAGAGGAGACUGGUGAAGUAAUCAUAGAGGCCAUUGAAGAGUCUUUCGACGCCUCUCAAGCAAGUGAGGAAGAAUCAAUGAAAGACGGCAACGAUCAAGUAGAGGAGGACAAAGCACCUUUUGUGAAAAAGGCAAAGCGGUCCAAACCUGUACCUCCUGACUAUACAUGCCAAGCCUGUAACAAUAAAUUCAAGCCAGCUCAUUGGAUCUAUGAUUGCUCUAUGAAGGUAACAGUGAGAGGCAGAAAUCAGAAGAAGAAGAAACUUCGAGGUAUAAAUGAGCCAGACUCCAGAAAGAUAUUUGUCUCUGGAUUACCAUUCGAUGUCAAGCCGGCUGAUGUCACCAGUUUGUUCAAAGCAUGUGGGAAAGUUGUCAACUGCAAGCUAAUUAAGUUCGGGGAUACUGGGCGAUGCAACGGGCAGGCUUAUGUCUCUUUCGAUACAGAUGAAGCAGCGUCAAAAGCGAUGAAACUCUCUGGCACAAUGAUUGAGAACACAUCUGAUGACGCUCCAAAGAAAAAGGGCGGUAAAUCAUCUGAACCUUCCAAAAGAAAACAGCUUAAGCUGAAAGUUUCGAAGGCAGCGAACCGUCGGGCUACAUCAAUGAAGGGGCGCUAG